UUGAUGGGGGUGGCUGUCUCUGUCUCUGUCUCUUUGUAAUUGAGGGGAUUCAGACAAACAGAGAAGCCAAACUCCCAUCCUUCCCAAAUCGGGAAACUUCUUCUUUGCUUUGUCUGCAAUUCCCCUUCCCUUCCUCCAACUCUCAUGGAAGGCUCAGGCAAUGAACGUCCCAGUUUUGGGAAGAUGGGUUACGGAUGCAAGCAUUACAGAAGGAGAUGCCAGAUUCGAGCUCCGUGUUGUAACGAGAUCUACCCAUGUCGCCAUUGUCACAAUGAAGCCACGAGCAUGUUGAGCAACCCCUUUGAUCGCCAUGAGCUCGUUCGCCACGAUGUUAAACAAGUUAUUUGUUCAGUCUGUGACACAGAGCAGCCGGUGGCUCAAGUUUGUACCAACUGCGGCGUUAGUAUGGGGGAAUAUUUCUGUGAUAUUUGCAAGUUCUAUGAUGAUGAUACAGAGAAAGGGCAAUUUCACUGUCAUGAUUGUGGGAUCUGCAGAAUCGGUGGUCGUGAACAUUUUUAUCACUGCAAGAAGUGUGGGUCUUGCUAUUCGAUUGGCUUGCGUGAUAAUCACCUGUGUGUAGAGAACUCCAUGCGGCACCACUGCCCCAUUUGUUACGAGUUCCUUUUUGACUCGCUGAAAGACACUACUGUAUUGAAAUGUGGGCACACAAUGCAUUGUGAAUGUUACAACGAAAUGAUAAAGCGGGACAAAUAUUGUUGUCCAAUAUGCUCCAAGUCAGUGAUUGACAUGUCUAGAACGUGGAAGAGAAUAGAUGAAGAGAUAGAAGCAACUGUUAUGCCCGAGGAUUAUCGGAAUAAGAAGGUUUGGAUCCUGUGCAAUGACUGCAAUGACACAACCGAAGUUUACUUCCACAUUAUUGGCCAGAAAUGCAACCACUGCAAAUCAUACAACACCCGCACAAUUGCCCCUCCAGUUCUUCCUCAAUGAUCAGAAGAUGUUUCCCACGAAUAUGUCCAGUCCGGUAGGUGCAGUGAAAGCUUGUACCCUCAAAUGUGCCCUGGAAAGGGGAAAUUGAUUGAUUCAAUUUUUAUCCUCAAUUAAUCAUGUACCAUUGCAUUACGGUUGAUUUAAAAUGAUUGUAAUGUUUUAUGUGUGCAUCAGACUUUUUCCAGGCUAUUUUUCCUCCAAAACCCAUGUAAUCAGUCUUGGGGUUGAUGUAAACAUUAUAUAUACUGUAAUUCUGUUCUGGACUAAUGAAAGUUGAUUCUUGAACUAAA